AUGCAGAAUCUGACGGCCUCACGUGAAGGUGAGGCCGAGAUGGGAUACAGGGCCCGCGCCGACGAGGAGCACCCCUCGAAGCGACCAAGAUUCCCCCGCACAUCUACAACAAUCGACUCGCGCUCAGGCGCGGCGUGGGACCUCGAUUUGUUCGGACUGGACAACAGCAAUGGUGGACCUUCAGAUGAGCCACAUUUCACUGCUUACAUCAAAUCCGAAGAGCAACCCGAAGAGGAACUUCCUACAACCGACGCAAUUCAAGCUACGAUCGACCUCUAUGGCGCCUCCACCGCGUCAAAGGUCCCGAAGAACUCUGUGCCUACAAUGAGAGACUGCAAGCUGAGUAUGACGGGUUGUUGGCAAUGGCCCAGAGUCUCGACAGACACCAUCACGGAUGACCAGGCCCUCGCGCUCGACUAUCUCGUCGAACUGUUCAACAGAGAUCCCAACAACAUCAUACUAUCGGCAUCAAAGAAGCACGAGUCUCUGAAGAAAGUCUACACGAGACGUAGCAAAACAAUCAAUGAACUCGGCUAUCUCUCCUCACACGCCGCCAUCAGAGCAGUACGAAGCUCUUUGAGGCUUAAUCGCCAACCGGACUUUCACGAUGUCCUGGUGUGUACCGCACUCUAUCACCAGGGCCCGCCUGCCAAGUGGAAGAAGUACCGAUACAUCAUGGACGUCUUCCGCUUCUCGUCUUAUCUGGUCAACCUCCAGCAAGCUCCGAAUGUGAAUGACGACACCUUUGCCGGAUAUCUUCAGCACUUCAAUCUCGUCAGAUACCACCACCCAAAGCUUGACAGGCUAAGGGCCGAGCCCGGCAACGAGAUUGGGGCCUCGCAGCAGCAACACGGGGACGGGCUCAACAAGCAAGAGGUGAUGGUACCGAAGCGAGACUACGACGACCUCAAAGCGCGAUUCGAUAGAUUGCAAGACAACCACAACUCACUCCUGCGGGAGAUUGCUGGUCUUCAGCGCCGAUUCGAUCCUUUCACUUCGUCGGGUGGCUAUCCGCUUGUGGCAUAA